GGUAGCCGCUACUGGAUUUCAACCGCUCCUGCCUUUCCAACAUGUAGUUCGAAAACUUUUGCUUUCGAUAAACUCAAAAGGGUCCAGACCCAAAUGGUCAGUUUUCCUGCUCCUGUGAUGCUGCCUGGCCUACUGUGUUCAUCCAGCUCCACACCUUGUUAUCUCAGACUCCAGCAUCUGCAGUUACUACUACCUCUGAGAGGAGAGCACGCCCCCAUCUACAUCAAUGGAACGGAGGUUGAGAGAGUGAACAGCAUCAAAUUUGUUGACCUGUUCUGGACUUCGCACGUAAAUGUGACAGUCAAGAAGGCACAGCAACACCUCUUCUUCCUCAGGUGGCUCAGGAAAUUUGGCAUGUCCAUAACAUCCCUCAUCAACUUCUACAGAUGCACCAUUGAAAGCAUACUGUCUGGGUGCAAAACAGCCUGGUAUGGCAACUGUUCUGCCCAGAACUGUAAGAAACUACAGAAGGUGGUGUGCACAGCCCAGACCAUCAUGGAAGCCAACCUUCCAUCCGCGUACUCUAUUUACAUGGCUCACUGUCACGGAAAGGCAGCCAACAUCAUCAAAGACCCAUUGCACCCUGGUAAUGACCUCCCACAACCUCUUCUGUCAGGCAGAAGAUUCAGAAGCCUGAACGCACACCAGAAGGUUAAGGAACAGCUUCUUUCUGGCCAUUUUCAGACUGUUGAAUGGACUUUAGCCUCAAAUCAUGUAACCUGCAAUGUAAUCUGUAUGCCUCUAAGUCUUUUUGAUCUGUACAUCCUUUGCUUGCUGUGAUCUGCCUGUACCGCACAUAAACAAAGCUUUUCAAUGUAUUUUGGUACACGUGACUAUAAAAUCAAUCAAUAUUCAUGCUGUAUGUAUGUUACAGUUGUUAAAGUUCUCCCUAAGUUUGAAGUCAAAAUGGGGUUCUCCUGCCUUCACAGAAAAUGGGUGAUUUCCUGCUUUUCACAGCCAAAAUUCACAACAGCCUUUCCAUGACUUCCCUAAAUGGAAAGUUGUAUUUUCUGUCUUAAUAAACUCUUGUUGACAGACCUGCAACAAUGGAUCUCUUGCUCUUUCUUUGACCGCAAACAUUUUCUCCCUUUUUCUGUUAUACUAUGGAUGUAUACUUUAGCUUUUAGAUUAAUAAUUUUAUUCCAUUAAAUUACCUCAUGAUGCUCCUUGUGCUGCAAGUAUACAGUAUUUUGAUGGACCUUGACUUCCCUACCACAGCCUUGUCUCCUCAUGUUUGUUCAAUAUGGCAGCAAUGCUCUUGUAAGUACUCUUUAUUUCAAAAUUCUAGCCUCUUCUUUGCACUGUUAAUUUAAAGUUACCCUCCUUAUGCAACAAGGAUUUUAAAACUUACAUCACAGCACGACAGUAUGUUUGUUUCCUGGCCAAAACUUUAUCAGGAUCACUCCUACUCAUCUUCACUCCCCGAUGGAAUCUAUAUCUGCUGGAAUUUACUCGUUUUAAUCUCCUUUUAGCCUGCACUGCUGCUUCUGUGUUCCUUACAAGUUCUGAAAUUAGCUUUCUCCUUUGUUGGUAUUUCCAAAAGUUGCUGCUGACUGCUUGAUUGUUCAACAGCUUGCAACCGCUGAUUGAUUGUGUGAGUAAUUCUUAAAGCAGUGAAGUCAUUAAAGCUCUAAAUUCACUUGGUCUUCUGCAAAUUUCUUGGUCAAAUGUAUUUAUUACUUCAGUACCUUGUGGUCCUAAACAAUACUGUCCACCACUGGAACCGUUGACUAUUUGUGG